GGGCUGAUUCUGGUGUUCGUGUUAGUAUCAUGCCCUUUGACUCGAAUUCGUCCGAGUUGCCCAUUCAGACACCCCCUGUAUCAACAUACACGUCCCGAUGGUUUAUUCGCCGCAGUCAAAGUGGGAAAAGUGGUCUUACUGCUGGUGACUCGUCGAAUCAGUGAACAAUCCAAGGUCGAAGAGGAAGAUGAAAAAGAAACACAGAGUUUCACCCUUGAAGAUGCGCUCAUGUCCUCUCUAGGCAGGGGCAUCACCCAAGAGAAUGUGGGGAUGGGGGCUGCGGAUGAAGUGGAAAAGGAACAAGUAGUCCAGACGGAGCGCAAACGGAUGAUUAGGAACUCUUCUGGGAGUUAUCUUGUGAAUGCACGGGGUUGGAGGGCCACGCAAACGGGUGGGCUACCCUCGCCUCUCACAAGGGAAGGAGGCGAAGGAGAAGAUGACAUCAGGUUGACAGAAGCUGCAACGGAUGUCAGAAGAGCCACUAGCUCGGCCACAGGAGAAACUGGAGAGAGGAGAGGUAAUGGAGACCUAUUAAGGGUGAAAUCGGACGGCA